CAUUGAUGUUUGAAGGACCUCACAGACUACACUUUGACCUUCGAGAAUGGGAGAAUGAAGGUCUCUGCCCAUCGUGCUUUCGAUACUGGUGAUGACACCGACUACGUGCUUUCCCAGGACACCCCGUACUACAUCCUCUUGACUGUUGGCCAGACCAUGGGUACGACUUCCGCCAUCCAAGUGGGUUAUCACGGCUCAGCUUCUACUCAGACCUUGGUUUGUCUCAGCACUCUUUCACAGAAAGGCUGGGUGGGGGCUUGUAGGAGAUUCUGUGUCAUCAGUGUGCAUGUACUAUGUGAGUGCAAGCUGGCCAGUGAGUGGUCUGGGCCCCCAGCCUUGAAUGACUCAUCACUUUCAGUGGCGCUGAGCCUUUCUUGGCCAUUCCUGGCCAUGUUGGCGCAAUUGUUUUGAUCUGGUGCACAUGCACCCCUCUGCCUAUUUUUGUGAUGUGGUUCCGUCUCCAAAAGUCUAAAGCGAUACUUUUGAGAGGUCCUUGUCCACGUCAGCAUGUCAUAGGCCGAAGGGAUUUGUCGGAUAGCACAAGUCUUUCGAGCUCUAUGACAAGUUUUUGUGCUGUAUAGGAAACUGGACUUGUGUGGACCAAUGAAUUCUAUGAACCAACACAUGGAACAGUCUUUCUGGAUGUGUUGAAUUUCCAUCAAGUGACUAUCCUUAUGUGAUCCUCAAGCUUGCUGAGCUUGCUUCGGGCCAACGUCGGGAAUUCGUCGGAUGGAACCAUUCCCAGCCAUUCGGAUCAAAGAUCCAAUCGUUUGGCAAGUCUGGCCCUGGCAUCGUCCCACAAAUCCACUCGAAACAAGCUCCGGCUUGUCCUACCAGUAGCAUUCCUUCCUCGGAACAACUCCUUGAGGUGACUUCACAAAGGAAAUCGCAUGCCUUUGGAUGCUCCGGAGGUUUUUUUCGGUUGUUGUGCGUUUGGUUGGGAUAGGAUUUUUGUUGCAUCCAUGCAGCUGCGGCACAUGAGUCCUGGUUCCAGAAUCAACUCUGAUCUCCUUUUGCUUCUUCAUCAGGUGCGAACACGUGCGAA